AUGUCUCUAAGCCAGCUGGAUGGCUCAAUUGUCACCAAGUAUCGUCUUGCAAACAUCAUCCUCGCACGUAUCAGCCACGCCGCAAACUACCUCAUCAUCCCAUACCCAAAGGCCGUCGUCCUUCUGCUGGAGCUUCUUCCAUCUGUUUUAGCCAAACUAUUUCUACCAUUCUUCUUCGGCUACAUCCCGCAAAAUGUCCGCCUUGUCCUCUUGGCUGGAUUAUGGGUAUUAAUCAAGGUCGUUGUCUCUGCUACGCCCCCGAACGUACUACCUCCUGUGCGCGUUUUGAUGACGCUGUUGGCUGCCUCCUCCUCGGCUGCUACCGAGCUCUGUUGUUUGGACUUAGUCCGACGCUACGGUCGCCUCGGUCUCGUUGCAUGGGCUUCCGGCACCAGCCUUGGUCAAAUGGCAAAUGCUACAUGGCCAUUAGUAUUGACGUCGUCCAUGGGAAUGACACUUAGGGAUGGAACUGGAUACAUGUACCCACUUGUCUUUGCGAUCCUUUUCGCUUACUUCGUCAUCUUGCCAAGAAGUUAUCUUGCAACUGGCCAUGGAGAGCUUGACCUGGACAAACGAGACUCAGCGAGCUACUACGACAUAUCAAUGAUGAAGGUUACCACCACGAUACCAGACAAAGUUUCAAGGAACUCAGCUCGAAACCCAGGAAUGUUGGCUACUGCGACGGUGCAGUACCUACCUACACUUCUUCUUGCCUCAUCUGCGCAGGCCAUGGUCUUUCCCGGCUUCGCCCUUGCCCUCGAUGGCUCUUCGUUUUUCUCGCUUCUGUCGUGGACCUCGGCACUUGCCUUUACGUUGUAUACUGGCAAUUUCACAGCACGAUUAUCAGCAAUUUUAAUCCGACUUGGUAAUCACAGAGUAGUUUUGAUUCUCUCGGCCUGGAUGGUGGCUCUAUUGCUGGCAGACUCUAUCUUCUUCCUUGGCUCUAGUUGGCUUGUGCUCGGCGUGGCUCUUGGUUCUGGCUUAUUGGGGGGUGCGGUAUACAUUGAGGUCUUUGACGGCGUGCUUAAGUCGGUGGCUGAUCAGUCGGACUGCCUAUUAAAUCUUGGUAUCGUCAGCGCGGGUGACACAAUGGGCACUCUGCUAGGCGGCUUAAUUGGAUUGCUAUGGGAGGCGGCAAUUUGCAAUAUGACUGUGGAUACAGGGAGGUUCUGCCACAGAGCCCGUUAG